CUGAAGUUGGAAAACCAUGCAUGGAGCGUGAGCAGCCAGUCAAGUGACAGCAACUACUACCAGCCCAGCCCGAACCAGCCGAAUGGCUCCUCCCCCUCCACAUCUGGAUUCAACCCCAAUUACAACUCCUCCAACCUGGUCUUUCCUUCUUCUGGAGGCUCGCGGGAACAGACAGUGCUACGUGCCGCAGACAGCACCGGUAGCGUCCCGGAGCCUUCAUCAUCCUCCUCAUCAUCAUCCACAUCCAGUCAGCGUGGAAAAGAUGCGGGCUCCACCUCUCUGACAUGUGAGGGCUAUCAGAAACAGGGCAGUCUGAAGCGGAAGAGCGAGGAGGUGGACAGCAGUGACAGCGUGCAGAUUUUGGAGGAGCUGUCGGCUCCUGUGCUCCCCAAUCGUGUGGCUGGAGGUGGAGGCAACGCCACGGCUCAGUCCAUCGCUCAUUCCACGUCCACCACCAAAAGCAGCAACUCCCACAGCGAGGGUGACUACCAGCUGGUGCAGCAUGAGAUCCUCUGCUCUGUCUCCAACAGCUACGAGGUUCUGGAGUUCCUCGGCCGGGGCACAUUCGGACAGGUCGCGAAAUGCUGGAAGCGUGGAACUAAUGAGAUCAUGGCCAUUAAGAUUCUCAAGAAUCACCCGUCAUAUGCCCGCCAGGGUCAAAUAGAGGUGAGCAUCCUCAGCCGUCUGAGCACAGAGAAUGCAGACGAGUUCAAUUUCGUGCGCUCUUACGAGUGCUUCCAGCACAAGAACCACACGUGUCUGGUGUUUGAGAUGCUGGAGCAGAACCUCUAUGACUUCCUCAAGCACAGCAAGUUCAGCCCACUGCUCCUCAAGUGUAUCCGGCCGGUCCUGCAGCAGGUUGCCACGGCACUGAUGAAGCUGAAGAGUUUGGGUCUCAUCCACGCUGAUCUGAAGCCUGAGAACAUCAUGCUGGUGGACCCCAGCAGACAGCCCUACAGAGUCAAAGUCAUCGACUUCGGUUCAGCAAGUCAUGUCUCGAAGGCGGUGUGCUCAACCUACCUGCAGUCUAGAUACUACCGAGCUCCUGAGAUCAUUCUGGGCCUUCCGUUCUGUGAGGCCAUUGACAUGUGGUCACUAGGUUGUGUCAUUGCUGAAUUGUUUCUGGGCUGGCCUUUGUAUCCAGGAGCCUCAGAAUAUGAUCAGAUUCGGUACAUUUCCCAGACUCAAGGUUUGCCAGCUGAGUAUCUCCUGAGCGCCGGCACUAAAACCAGCCGUUUCUUCCACAGAGGCCCGGACUCCAGCUACCCUCUCUGGAGACUCAAGACUCCCUCAGAGCACGAGGCAGAGUUUGGGAUAAAGUCCAAAGAGGCUCGCAAGUACAUUUUCAACUGCCUUGACGACAUGAUGCAGGUGAACAUGACUAACCUCGAGGGCACAGACAUUUUGGCAGAGAAGGCUGAUCGGAGGGAGUUCAUUGACCUGCUGAAGAAAAUGCUAACUCUAGACGCAGACAAGCGGAUCACGCCGACCAAGACCCUCAACCACCCGUUUGUGACGAUGGCUCAUCUUCUUCACUUCCCACACAGCUCACAUGUGAAGUCCUGCUUCCAAAACAUGGAGAUCUGUAAGCGCAGGUGUACUGCCUUCGACAACAACAAGAACCUGUUCGCCAGCCACAACACGCCCAGCGCAGCCGCCAACCUCACCGUCACUUUCAGCAGUCAACUCAAUCAGCACAGUCAGAUGGCCUCCACGGGUGGCCAGUCCCUGUCUCUUAGCAGCAACGUCCCUUUACUGAACUACCAGCCUGGUCUGUACCAGCAGGCCACUAUAAAUAUACCAGGCUUGGCUCAGCAGAGUGUGCCAUUGCAGGCUCGCCCUACUCAGCUGUGUGCCCAGACUGAGCCCUUCCAACAAACCCUCAUUGUGUGCCCUCCUACCAUCCAGGGGCUGCAGUCCUCCAAUAAACACGCUGGAUAUCCAGUGAGAAUGGACAGCUCUGUACCCAUAGUGCCCCAGAACCAAUCUACCCAGCCUCUACACAUUCAGCCCAGCAUGCUCACACAGUUCCUCCACACAUCCCUCUAUCCCUUCCCCAACCAGAGCAGCAGCACGCCGCUGACGGUGGCCUCCCUGCGCCUUCCAGUGGCGGGAAUGACGCCGCUGGCUUUGGGCUCUCGUGGUCUGGAGCAGAGUGCCACCAUGCUGCAGGGCUGGCCAGCAGGGACCCAGCAGAUCCUCAUUCCCUCUUCAUGGCAGCAGAUGUCAGGCAUGACCAUGCACAAUCCCAGCCAUCCUGUGCUGUCCGACUCACCCAUGAGCUCUCUGCUCCCGGACAACACCACCCAACAGAACAGUAGCUGGAGGGGUCGACAUGGAGGUCAGUGCGAUGGGACGCAGCAGGGCUCUGCACAGGGGCGCAACGUGAGCACACAGCCCUCCCAAACAAAGGCAGCCAGCAGUCGUACACAGCAGAGUGGAGUAAAGAGGUCAAAGGGUCGACAUGCCGAGAGCAGAGCCAGACCCACGUCCUCCCAGCAGCUGACUUCUUCAGUAGCGCACAACUGUGGUGAUGCGUCCCAGCCCAUCAUCAUCUCUGACACUCCGAGCCCCGCCGUCAGCAUCAUCACCAUCCACAGUGAUACUGAGGACGAGGACGACAGGAAGUUUCCUCCUGAAAGUGUGAACCAGCGUACAAACGUCAUCAGCUGUGUGACUGUACAUGACUCCCAGGACUCGGACUCGUCCACCAGCACCCCUCUCAGCCCCAAAUGCCUUCCCAACUUUGUUGAGAACAACACACACUCCAAGUCUCUAGCCGUGGUCACGCCGUCAGUGAAAACACAGCUGUGGGAUGGAGCGUCAGGAGAGCAACGUACUAAUAGUUCUGGAAAAUCAAAGAAAGGAACGGCCUCACAGUCCAGCGACCGGCAUCAGAGAGCAGCAUCAAACCGAUCUCAGCCUCUCAACCUGAGCCAGGCGCAGCAAUCAAUGAUGUCAUCCCACGACCGUGCAGGGGGCGGAUCCCUGAAACGCCAGCCCACCUACCCUCCUACAGGCCCCUCCCACUCCUACAGGCUUCAUGAAGCAUCGCUCUUCGGCUCUGCCUCCAGUCUGUAUGCAUACCCUGCAUCUGCAGCCCUGGCCUCAGUGUCGCAGGCCGUGGACCAGCUGCACAAUUCAGCCUCCUCCUCCUGUUCCUCUUCCUCCGGCCGGCACACGCGCCCCCCCGGCCCGUACUCAGCCUCUCUGAGCCUUCUGCAGAAGAACAGUGCCAUGGGCGUCAUAGCUCCAUAUCAGCAACAGCAGCUGUCCACACCGUCCUAUCAGCGGCCUGCGGCAUUUCCCCUCAGCCAGAGGAAACUCAACCAGUACCGGUACCUGUGAGAAGCAGCCGUCUGAACAUGUGCUGUGAUAUAUGGGUAAUACCAGAAUGGUGUCAUGGAUGUUUAAGUGGAAAUGGCAUUUUAGUUUCUUUUAUCUUCUUUUAGUGUUUUAUUUCAGUGGAUCACUUCUUGCAUUUUAGAUCAUUUCAAACCAUGUCAUAAACACAAAACACUGGGCUUAUUUUUAACUGUUUCUUAAAAUAUCACCUGCACAGAAGCCUCUGGAUGUCUAGAAAAAAAAAAACACCUUAAGAUACACCAAACUUUGUGUGUGACUAGAAAAAGAAACAUGGCUGUUUGGAAUAGCAUACUAUCAUACUUCUCUCAGGAUUUCUGCAGUGUACUGGAUAUAUAUAAGAUUUUUCCAAAGCGACUUACAAAUGAGAAAAACAACAAAGUGAUUCAUAUUAAGAUGACUAUAACAGAGCACAGUUUGUGCAAUUAUGUAUCCCACAAUGCAACACACUCGACUUGAAAUUACUAGUUCGUUUAUUGUGAUGAAUGAGGCAACCAAUUUUAACCAAUAUCUCUUAUUCACUUAUUUGAAUGGACUGAUAUUAUUUUCAACAUAAUGCAAAAAAAAAAAAAAAUCGUUUUCUCAUUCUCAAGGUAAAUAUAUAUAUAUAUAUAUUUGAAUUAAUUUAAUUGGUUAAAAAAAAAAAAACGUUAAAUUUUUUGUAAAAAAAAAACUGCAACAUUUUGUUUUGGUUUGUAAAAACAACCUCUUAUUAUUAAGAUUUUAUUUCUUUUAUAUUAUUUUCUUUACAACUGAGCACCUUUUUCCCCAUCUAUUCUUAAUGCCAUAAUGCAAAAAUCUCAUUCUUAUUACUUUAGGGUAAAAAGAAUUAUAUAUUGCUUAAAUUAAUUUUUUAAAUAAUUACCAGUAUAGUUUAUUUAAAACAGUAUUGUUUUUUUAUGCAGUGUAUACUGCACAGUAAGCAGUAUGCUAGUAUUCCAUUCUGAACGAAGCCCAUGAACAGUCACCUCUGAAAAAUGUUAAUGAUGAUUAAAUAGGCCACUUUUUUAAUUAAUGGAGGGAUCUUAUUUAGUCUGGAAAUUAGAGAAUUGUGUUUUUAUAUAUAUAUAUAUAUAUAUAUAUAUAUAUCUUUAUAUAUAUAUAUAUAUAUAUAUAUUUCAGCUGUCUUUGGGAUGUGCGUCAGCAGACGGUGAUAUCUCUUAGAACUGAUAAAAUUAUAUUUAUAAACGUUUCAUUGACGUCUGCCCAAUUAUAAAAAAUCUGUUGAAAUGAUACAUAAAUGAUGUCACUCUGACAACACUAAAGCAUUCUGUUGGCAGACCCAAAUUUUAUAUUUGGGAUGGUUAUGUUUGCAACAUAUUUUGAAGUGGUGGCCGCAUGACACAGGAUGUCAUCGCUGCUGUUUAUUGGUGACUAAAACUGAACUGAAACUAGAAACUAAAGGCAGAUUACCAGGAGAAAGUGAGCUAAAUAUGAUACACACCUAUUUUAUAUAUCAAACUAAUAUUGAAAUUUAUUCCUAGUUAAAAUUUGCUUAUCAUUAAACAGUCUUGUUUCCUCAAUCACAAAAUAACCAUAAGAACAUAAUUUAAAAUAGUUUUCAUUUUUCAUAUUAUGUUUUAUAAGUGACAUUUUACUGGCAUAAACAUUUUGUGUCAGAUCUCUGUAGUUGCACACAAAAUAAUCAAGUUUUCGCUUUCAAUAUAACUUCUAUUGUGCUUUAUUUAUUUACUGAAUAUAUGUGGACUAUUAAUGAUAUACAAUAUGUAUCUGUUUUCAUUUAACCUAAUAAUAAGUGUGCUUUCAUUUAAAUCCUUUUAAUUCUCUUCAAUUUUGUGUAUUUUUUUACAUUGAUUUGAAAGUAUCCUUUUAUUCUACUAGCACUUCUGUUUAUUAUUUGAUUUGUAUUUUAUGUGUUUUAUCCAUAACUUGAGAAUGAAUUUGUCAGUGUGAAUUGUCAGGAUGGUUAUCUGUCAUUUGUUCUGUAAUGUCGUCAGCACAAUAUAAUGUCUAAAAGAUGAUGGUUUGGAUAGUGUGUGUGUGUGUGUGUGUGUGUGUGUGUGUGUACUUACCCUGUUUGCACAGUGAAAUCAGAGCAGGACCUCAAAGAUUAUCAGAAUAUUUAGAUAGCGCUUAAACAGAUGGUUAAGCUGUUAGCUGUUCAUCUCUGUUGAUCUUAGAGCACUUCAUGUGUCGUUCUGAGCUUGUCUCGUAAUGUUGCUGGGGUUCUUGGCUUUGGUGCAAAGAUGGCUGUUUAUACUGUUUAAUCACCGUGUGAUGUGGAGUGCAGAGUAGAUGAAAUCACAAUAAACUUUCAUCCAGAA